CGCACACACAUCCCUGCCCUGUCUCCCGCCCGCCUCCGCCUCCGCCUCCGCCUUCGCCAAACCGAAGAGCGCCAGGCGCCCUUCCAGGCCGGUGCGGGGAAAGCCCGCAGCCCCCCGGGCGGCGAUCCAGGCGUCUCCGGGCCUGGGCGGGAGCCCGGAGGUGCGGCCGGCAUGGAGGCGCUGCUGCUGGGCGUGGGGCUGCUGCUGGGCGCCUACGUGCUUGUCUACUACAACCUGGUGAAGGCCCCGCCGUGCCGCGGCCUCGCCAGCCUGCGGGGCCGCACGGCCGUAGUCACGGGCGCCAACAGCGGCAUCGGGAAGAUGACGGCACUGGAGCUGGCGCGCCGGGGAGCGCGCGUGGUGCUGGCCUGCCGGAGCCGGGAGCGCGGCGAAGCGGCUGCGUUCGACCUCCGCCAGGAGAGUGGGAACAAUGAAGUCAUCUUCAUGGCCUUGGAUUUGGCCAGUCUGGCCUCCGUGAGGGCCUUUGCCACUGCCUUCCUGAGCUCCGAGCCACGGCUGGACAUCCUCAUCCACAAUGCCGGGAUAAGUUCCUGCGGCCGGACCCGGGAGCCCUUUAACCUGCUUCUGCGCGUGAACCACAUCGGCCCCUUCCUGCUGACGCACCUGCUGCUGCCCCGGCUCAAGACGAGCGCCCCCAGCCGUGUGGUGGUGGUCUCCUCUGCCGCCCACCGCCGAGGCCGCCUCGACUUCACACGCCUGGACCGCCCAGUGGUGGGCUGGCAGCAGGAGCUGCGGGCAUAUGCCGACAGUAAGCUGGCCAACGUGUUGUUCGCCAGGGAGCUUGCCACUCAGCUUGAGGGCACUGGUGUCACCUGCUAUGCAGCCCACCCAGGUGAGGUUCGGCUCUCUGGCUGCUCUGCUUCAUUCUUAUUCCCCCUCUCCCAUCCUCGCCCCCUCCCCUGCUCCCCCAGCCUCUCGCUGAGCCACAGAACCUCAGAGCAGGAAGGAAGCCUGGUCCAGGGAGAGGCCCGUUCCUUACUGAUCUUGAAGCCUGGUUCUCCUUGUCUGGGUUUUUCCUCUCACACUACAAGUUCAGAUGCUGACGGCUGGGUAAGGCAUGGCAAUGAGGAAGGCCUAGGUUCUCACCCCAAGGAACCAUCUGCAUGACGGAACUGAUGAUGUUAGCUUAUAAUUACUCAUUCAGGAAGCAUUUACUGAGUACCUACUAUGUUCCAGGCAUUAAUCUUGACACAAGUAAUGUAGUAGUGAGCAAAACAAAGACCUCAUCCUUAUAGAGUUUACAUUCUACUUUAUAGAAGGAGACAGCUAAUAAAUAUAUACAAUGACAGGUGGUGUUUAAAGUGCUGCAGGGAAAGAUAAGACAGGGUAAGGGGACUAAGAAAUGACAGAGUUGGCAAAAGAAGAAGAAAAAAGAAAUGACGGGGUGCUAUGUUUAUCUAUGGCAGUCAAGGAAGAUAUAACUGAAAAGGUGACAUCUGAGUAGAAGCUUAAAGGAAAUGAAUGACCUAUAAGGCAUUCUAGGGAGAAGAGUAAAAGAACAGAGUAAAUACCAAGUGCAAGGGUCCUGAGGCAGAAGUGCCUGGUGUGUUUAAGAAAGAACAGAGAGCCUGCUGUGGCUGGAACAGAGUGAGGAAGGGAAUGUGGCAAAAGAUAAGGUAUAGAGAUACGCUGGGUCAUCCAGGGUCUAGGGGUCCACUGGAAGCAUUCUUACAGUUUGAGUGAUUUUACU